ACGUACCUUAAGCACAUAAUUUGAUCGUUGGCUUGUCAUGGAGGUUAUACUGUGUGCAGCACAUAGUGAUCCAAGAAACUAUAAGGUUUGAAGUAUUUCAAAAAGCCAAAAAAUUGGAAAUUAAGAUGUCAUUAUAAUAAUGUAAAAAGCAAAUUUUUCACUUCCUCUAUAUAAAGCUUACAGUGUAUUUUGUGGAGAUAAAUUCUAUACCUGUUAAUAUUGUGUAUUUCUUCAUGCCUUGUGCUUAUGUCCCAUGUCAAUGAGUCCAGUAUCAAAAAGUGCCUACAACUGAACAAAAAUGGCAGCUAAUGAUGGAUACAAUUAAAGGUGUAAUAUAAAAUCCAGUAAAAAAACAUAAAAGUAAUAGGGAUUAAAUGUACAAUGGAACGUCUGUUAUGAAUGUGGAAGAAAAAUUAUAUAUACAUCUUUUUGAAAUAUCCUGAAAUGCAUACCAUGGGGUUAAGACAGCCAGCAGCCAAUGUAAACUGAGGAAAAAAUAUAGCAAAUAUAUGUUACUCAUAAUAAUUAAUUUGAGGUAAUUUAAAAGCUAAAAAUUAUCUAUUAUAAAAUUAUUAUAAGAUUCAAUUUCAUGCAGUUUUACCUCAAAUCACUGUUACAACAAAUAGCCAUUGUAUUAUGUUUUAUUGCACUGAAAUUAUUCAUGGAAUACAAUAAUGAUAAUAACCUUCUAUUGAUUGGAAUGAACACAUAUCUUCUGUUCAGCAGCUCUGCCUUAAAAAACUUCUUUGCUGAUGUUUGGCGAACCAUUCUGAAAUUAAUAACAGGAAUAUUAUUAAGUAAUAGAAGAAUUUAAUAUUUUUACUUUAUUGUAUAUAAUGUGAGCAACUGAACGAAAGAAAUUAUUAGAAUUCGAUAUCAUUACCUUGAGGUGGUGGGUCCAACAUCUUGUUCCCCACAUAAGGUGGUAUAGAAAAAGGAACUGACAAUGGGAUGUAUCUGAGGUAGUUGCCUGAAAUCACAAUACAAAUUAUCAUUUGCAUUAGGUAUCCAUAUUAAUAACAUUAUUGUGUGGCUCAAAGAUUCCACAGUUAAUUAUAAACAAGAAAUUAAUUGCUGUACAGCAUGAUGCUCCAUUAGUACCAGGUGAAGCCAUCUAAGAGAUGCCUUUAAUACAUUAUUUUAUACCUUACAGUUAUGUGAAGAAAAUUCUUACUUGAACAAAAACAAAACUAUGGUAUCAGUAAUCAUGGCCUUUGGUUGAAUAGUUUCGACAUCAUCCUUGUAGAUUUGAAGUCCAGAGAUUUCCACACUCUCUGUAGGUGGGGUAGGGGUACUGCACUGGGACAAAUCUAUAUAUAAGGGACUUUGUGAGGUGCCAGUAGUAGCUGCAGCAGGGCUUUUAUCUUGUGAAGUGGUCAUGACAUCUGCUUCUGAGUGGCUACAGGGCUGCUGUGCAGAGCUGUUAAUGUAUUGCUCUGAAAUGGUGGAAUCUUGGGAAGAGCAAAAUGCUUCUUGUGAUGAACCUGCGUAGGGAGACCCCCCAAAAAAACAACAACAAAAAAGAACAUUCUGAGCAUGGGGUCAGGCAUGAACUGUAAAUUAGAAGAAAACUCCCGAAUGACUGGAGUAAUUAUUACUAUAAAGUUAGAUGUAAUAAGUUAGGGCUUAAAUCUUUGUAAUAAAUACUUACCUGGCAAGGAUGUCGUGGAAACGUCAGUUAUUAGGAAAGGGAGUACCUGACUUGUCCAGAACUUCUCCAGCUUUGCACAGACAACAGACAUGAAGCUUGGAUCAUAGGGUACAUCAACAGUGAAGAUUCCCUUGUUGGUCCACACAACAAAGAUGCACAAGGUGAGGCCGCUUACAAACAUUUGAAGUUGUACUUGAAAGUAAUAAUUUGAAGUAGAUUUUAGUGCAAACUUAUUUCCGUUUUGAAUACCACCAAUUUCUGGGGUUAAGAAGGCUUGUUUUGGGUGCAGAUCCCUGUGUUUCCAAGGGCAUUUGUAUUCAACCACUCUUACUGGGCAACCAUCAGAACACUGGCAUUUCUGAAUAUUGUCCACACUAGCACCAAGGAAAGGCUUGGACCGGGAGAUUAAAAAGCCUUUUGGGAUGAGCUUUAGCUUGUGAUGAUUGUGGCCUGCAACACGUUGAUAUGCCUUCCGAGCACUCUCUUCAUGUAGCAACCCCCACUCCCUGGCAUUUUGUGGUUCUCUUUCCUCCUGGAUGGGCGGUGGACAUGACUUCACAAGACCAAUUUCUUCUAUCAACUUUUUGGCAUUUUCAGCUGGGUUUUUCUCAAGCGUUUCCUGGCGGGUAAAAACUCUUUUGCACUUUGAGGCUGUGAUAAACCCUGUCUUAUGAAGGUACCACUCUUCACAUUGCCAUUGCUUGGUGGUUGUUCUCUCAACCUGCUUUCGUUCAGAAUCACUGAAAGACAAUACCUUGACAAUUUCUUCUGUUGAGGUUUUGGGAUCAUUAGUUAAAAUCUCCAGGAGCUUAGCCCUCAUUAUACCGGUUUUUGGCCGAUUAUGGUUAG